AUGAAACUUACAUCUCAGCAGGUACGCAUUUAAAGCUGAAAUUGAAGGGUCAAAAUAUAGUGAAACCAGUAGUAGGCGUUCAAACUUUAAUUUUAUACAGAAACACAAAUGCACUGAGAUAGACAUGUACCAACACUGUUCACUUUGCAUUUAUAUAUGCUUCUUUUCAUGUAAUCCCGGUUCACGCUUGUGACUUGCAAAUGCGAGCGCAAGCACAAUCACAAAUGCAGGAAAUGGAAAAUGACAGCACUUGUAAUAUACUUGCAUUUGCAUUUUCUGUGAGGUGUUUUCUAGUGAUUGAUACUGUUUGCGCUUGUGUUGCUCCGGUAAAGCAGCCCUCAGAAACAUCAAGUCAACAGCAUAACAAGUAGUACAUGGGAAAAAUACACCUUCACUUUUGUAAUCAGAUUCUUUUCUGAUCUUUUGGUAGGUGUCUGCAUACUGUAGCAACGUUGAUAUAUUUUAUGUUGUGGCUGGUAACAUAUCCCUAGCAAUGUCUGAGAACACAGACAGUGAAGCAGUUGUUACAGCUAGCCAGAAAGCUACAUGUACCGUUGAGAAUAGCCAAGAGGAACAUACACAGUCAGAUGUCAAUGCGACUUCUGACGAAUUGUUUGAUUCAUUCAUGGAGAUUGCAAAUGAUCCUAAACUCCAUGAUAUUGACAAUAAAAAUAAUUGUACACUAGGUGGAGGUGAAACAUUAGGAUCUACUGAUGACUCUGAAAACGUCGGAACUUCUGAUCAGUAUGAAUCAACAGAAUCACCAAUGGAUUUCCUGGUGAAAGAAAGCAACAAUAGUCAAAAUGGACAACCUGAUCAUGAUAAUGUUCCUCUGAAUGAUACUGUCGACAACAACGGCAAACCUGAGGAGAGUAGUUCUUCAAGAAAUGGGGAAUUAGCAGACGUGAAAUCUCCAAAAUCUCUAUCACUAGAUGGUGAGCCUGUUCAAGAUGCCACAGAUUUACCAACAGCAGAGGUAAUGUCCCUUUCUGAUAGGAAUGACUGUAAAUUGGAAGAAGUUUUGCCAACAAGUUCUGGUUCUGUUUCAGUGAGUGAAAGUGCAGAACUGAAAGAACCAACUUGUGAAACUGAAAACCCAGUAAAGAGUCCUGAAAACCAGGAAAAUGCAUCACGUGAUGUUCAUGAAACAGUGGCUGAUUUAAAGGAGCAAAGUGUAGUUAAUAUACCCGAAUUGGAUAGUGAAGAAUCAUUGUUGGAGAAAAGUGGUGAUGGGGCAAAUGAUAAAGAACAAGAUUCCCAAAAAGAAGAAGUUGCCCAUAGGCUGUCCAAAGCCGUGGAAGAUCUAGCGGGCUUGGAACAAUUGUUAUCCUCAGUUGUAUCAGAGUUUAAAGUUGCAAACAGUGAAAGAACAGUGGAAAAAAUUUAUGAAGGUAAAGAAGGAAAUUCUAUAGAUCAAAAGGAGGAGAAAAGCAUGAGUGAUUAUUCAGGGAAUUUGAGUGUGGUGAAGAAUGAAAAGGAUGUGCAUGAAAUUGUGUCUCAAGGUUCUGACGGAGAGGGUGAGAGUAAUAAAGGAACUGAAAAUGUUGUUUGUGAUUGCAGCAAAGUAAAAAGGCAGUCAGGCACUUUAGAAUUCAAAGGGGAUCAAAUGGAAAAAAUUGUGGAUUCAGCAGAAUCAGGUAAACAAGUACCUGAUGAUAAAGAUACACAAGUGGAGGAAGAUGCAUCAUUAGUAAGUGACUCAGCGGUGGAAAUUAACAAAGAAGAAUCAAUUAUGGACAAACUUAUUGACAAGAAAACUGAACCCAGUGUGGAGUCUGAGUCGGUGGAAAAACCUGAUGCUGAGAUCAGUGCUGAAGAGUCAGCUGAAAAAACACUUACCGACAGAAAUGAGGUUACAGCUGAUGCCAGCUGGGAGAAAUCUGAGACUGUCAAUAAAUCUGAUCCUGACAUCUGCAAAGGAGAGUCAGCUGAAAGUAAAGUUACUGAUGAAAGUGGGAUUGUUGCUGAAGCCAGCUUGGAGAAGUCUGACGGCAAGGAUAAAGAAGAUUCCAAUGUUACAAAUGCAGAUAUGUCAGUACCUGGCAUUGAGAUUACUGUGACUGAUGAAAGCGAAACUUCCGAGAAUAAAAGCCUUGAUUCUAUGGACACUGAAGAAGAUGGUCCUUCAAAUGGUAGUCCUUCGAUGCCAUCCACAGCAUCUGAUGAGGGGAUUGACUCUGAUACAGCUUCUGAUUACGGCGAUGAUGAUGAUGGGGUGUCUGAUCCUGAGAACCUGGGCUCUGCUGCUAAUGUCUGUAAGAGAAAAUCUUGGUGUUUAGAAAUCAAUAGAGAGCGCUUGUCCUCUGAUUCAUCUACUGUUUCAGAGAAGGAUUUUAAAGAAACAUAUAGCAAAGGAGAUAGUGCCAAUGGGAAGUCCGUGAAAGAAGGUGAGGUUUUGACUUCUAGGUACCAGCCACUUUCAUGUACUGUAGUGUAAACUUGUGGUGUAAACUUUUGACAGGGUUUGCACAUGUCCUUAAAAAAUAAUCGUACCCUGAGAAAACUGCCGACAUCUUGCGACAUCACCAGUGGUUUCCCACACUGAUGACAGGCCACUACCUGUACAUCUGGGAAGUGCUUCUGACUGGUUAUGUGCCCAGGGAAACGUGCUUGAACAGCCAAUCAGAAUCAGUACCCAGAUCUGGGUAGUGAAACAUCUUCUUUAUCCAACCCUGGACUCAAGUGACUAACGCGGUGCAAUAAAUUUUACUCAAAGAAUUUUUAAGUACACUGCUUUAGCAACACUGAACAAUAAAGAGGAUUGUUACUGCCUUGAUUUUGCACAGUGUUCAGUUGUUUAAAAAAAUAAUAAAAAAUUGUGUCAAUCCUUGCAUGGGUGUAAACCUGUUUUGAAUGAGACAUAAGGCAGUAAUUUUUCAUGAAAGUAUGUAUUAAUGAUAAUCAAGUCUAUAUCAAUCAACCUUAAGGUAAGGUCAGUUAAUUUUCUAGUAACAUUUUGUGACAUUAUUUUUUUUUCACUUUCAUAGAUUAUAUCAGAGGGCAUCUUCUUAAGAUGGGUGGAACAGGACUCACGCCCAAAAACUGGAGAAAACGAUGGUAAGAUUAUGUACAUGUAUGUACACUAAAUGUGUAUGAGUCACUAAUAUGUACGUAAUGUUUAUGAGGGUAAUUUUGAAGGAGCAUUUUACAACUGUGACUACUUCAACCGGGGCACUUGGCAGACGAUUAUCCGAUAACAACGUUUUCUGAAAACAAAAGAUUCUCAAAUUUUUUUUGCAAUCAGACUAAUGAAAUUCAAGGAUCAACUAUGCAACUGUUGAAAACUUUAAAACCAUUUGAUCCCGCCUGACUUCUUAGGAAACAGCCCUCAAAUUCAUGAAUGUUAUUGAUCCAUUUGCAAAAAACUUGAGAAUCUUUUGGUUUCAAAAAACCAUUGUGAUUGGAUAAUCUUCUUCUAUGUUCCCCGGUAGUUGCACUGUAACUAAACAGCCAGUUUGAGAAAUAAAGAAGAUAAGCCUGCAUGCUCAGUUUUUUCAUAACUAUAUCACUUAUAUAUAAGAAUUCCCACUCGUUUACACGUACUUGUACAUGCAACAAUUCCAUAAUUAUUUUCCAGGUUUGUUUUACGAGGUGAUAACUGCCUUUACUACUACAAAAGUUCAAAAGACAAGGUACCCUGUGGAGUUAUCAUUUUGACAAACUACUCUGUGUCGAAGGCUCCAGAAAUAAACAAAAACCAUUCCUUCAAGUUGACCAAAGGAGGAGCGAGAACGUACUACAUGUGUGCUGGAAGUGAAUCAGACAUGAAGAAGUGGAUGAUGGCCAUGAUGGACGCAGCCAAGGUGUCUUCUACAGAUGUAUGUACACAAUUAAAUAUUUUGGGAUCAAUUGAGGUGACCACCUACCCCUCCCCUAAGUCACAAUUUUGCCCUAAUUGAGUGGUGAGUGUUAAUGUUGACUUAGGGGAGGGGUGGGUGGUCACUUACCCAGAAACCUCAUUUUGCUGUGAAAUAAUAUUACUACAACCUGGCCUGUUUUUCAUAGAAAAAAGCUAACAUUUUUGCAAUAUGGUUCCACUAGUUUCCCCACAAAAUGACAUCUGAGCUCCUGAAUGAGCACAGAAAUUCCUCACUAAUAACAUGUCAUUACCCCAGAUCUGGGUAGUGCUUCUCAUUGGUAAUACCGUAAAGGAAAUUUGGUUCAGCCAAUCAGAAGCACUACUCAGAUCCAGGUAGUGACAUGUUAUCAGUACAGUAUGGAAUUUCUGUGCUUGUUGCUCAGAUCUCAUUCAUGGGAAAACCUGAAAUGGCAUCCUGGAGUGUGGCUGUUUUCUUAGGGUUCUCAUUUAAGCUUGUCAUGAGUUAUAAUAUAAGCACAAAGAACUAUAAACAUGACUCAGAUCAUCGCAAGUGAACCUAAGGGUUGCUGUGAAGUGGUUCCUGCAGUUGCAAUACAGUAUGGCAACUCAGAUGCAGAUCUCUACUGAUCCAAUGAUUGUGUGCUUGAAAAGGAAAUGGAAAGGAUUAAUACACACAGUUUUUAAAAUUUGUAGGUGGUUGUACACUAUAGGUAUCAUAUUUUAGCACGUUACUUCAGUCUGUACUUUUUUCAAUCCACAUUUAUGACCAUGUAAUUUAUGUGUUCCUUUUGUCGUUUUUCCUUUAGUCCAAUCCAUUCAACAUUUUUGAAGGAAAUGUCCACAAUGUCAGCAUUCCAGCACUGUCAAUCAGAGAUCCUGAUUGCCAUGGCUACCUGUACAAACAAGGAAGUAAUUACAAGAUUUGGCGUCGGCGCUACUUUGUCCUAAAGAAUGGCUUCCUUUACUACUACACUGAUAUGUCCAACACAGUGGCCCUGGGCGUGGUCAAACUCCUUGACUAUACUAUUGCCGCAGGAGAUCACAGUGGAAGGAAGUUCUAUUUCAGUGCCUCUUCUCCUGACAAAUCAGUAAGGACUUAUUACUUUGCUGCUGAAAGUGAAAUGGAUAGAAAAAGGUGAGGAAGUGUUGACUAGGACAACAAUACAUGUAUCUCUCCCCCCCCCCCCCCCCCCCCCCCCCCCCCCCCCCCCCCACACCCACCCGGGACCGCGGUUCGACUCUUAUUAUCUUUUUUUUUUUUUGCGCCGCCAAUAACAAACACUCCUCAAAAAAAAAUUAUUUUCUUGCAAUUGUGUCAGCAUUAUGUAGUACGAACGACAUGGCUUAAUAGAGAUCAAAGUGGAAGGGAGUUUUUUUUUCGGGCCCCUUCCCCCUACAAAAACAUAAGGGCUUUUUUAUUUGGUGUCGAAAAUGAAAAAGGAAAAAAAAAGGGGGGGAGGUUUUACCAAGACAAAAAAACAUGUUUUUCUCCCCCCCCCCCCCCCCCUACCAUCCCCUAUGCCCUCAGGGAUUUCAAGGGUGCAGGCAUUUGAUCAUAUUCAUAUAUUGAUUAUUCUGGCUGUAAAAAAACGGGCAUUUCAACAAAAACAGUUUUUUGCCUGUGAGAUGGGAGUAUAUAGGGUACAGAGGGGUAGCUUGUGGUGGGGCAGAGAAGGGGCAUGUGAUGUGGGAAGCGGAGCAGCUUCAACCUAACAAAAUGAUAGCACUUUGCUAUCACUUUCUAAUUUCAUGCAAUCAAAGCACUAUAGUUGGAAAAUCUCACAAACAACCACCUCUAAGCAAACUCCAUAUCUUUGCAUGUUGGGUCGCCAAUUUUAGGUUUAUUUGGGUGACUGUUUAUAUUAAAAUAUCAGAGUGACAAAACAGUGUGUUGGAAGCAUUUGUUACUUAACUUUAAAUCUCACCUCUCUCUUUUGCUACCUUUGUUUGUAGGUGGCUAUCAAAGUUGGAGGACUCUAUCAAGAAAGGUUCAUCAGCACAUUGA